CAUAGCCGGCCUCAGUGUGCGACGAGAUGGCGACGGGUAAGGUGCUGUCGGUGUUCUCUCUAGUCAUCAUUGGGCUGGCUAUCUGGCUGAACAGAGACGAUGGCAGCUCUGUAUUGAAGCAAAGACUGGAACAAGUACUCAAGGCCAUGCUAGAGGUGGAGGAGCAGUACCCAGUGGGAGAGGUGAGGAUAGCUGUUGGGUAUGGAGCGUGUCGGGAUGUCUUUGUUCAGGGCGCCAAGCUGCUGGGCCCCCUCCCCCCACCACCCUCCCCUGCCCAUCAUUCUCGCAUCAACUCCCUCCACCAGCUCAAGGAGGUCUACGCUUUCUUCUUCACUGCUGGCUCGGCGGCUGAGCGUUACGUGCAGAACGAAACCUUAUUCCGAGAGGUGCUGGAGGCUGCAGAGGGCAUGGUAGGGGCCUACUCUGCCGUGGGGGGUAACGCUCCUGUCAUGGCCUCCCGGUUCGCUAAGGAAGGUGCUCAUGUUGUCCUUGCGGCUAAACGGAGUCCUUAUUUACUGAAGAAACUGCAUCCUGGUGUUGUGGUGGCUGGCGAUGACACUGAUGGGACCCGUGAUGUACACUUGAUCCUAGAGUACCCUGUGGGGGACACCUGGGGCCCUUCACUCCCCCGAGCUAACAGAUUUAUCAUUCACAGCGACCAGUCUAACCCCAUGCUAAGUUCGGUGGAAGCCUUCAGCGCACGACUGGCCACCUUCCGCCCGCACCUGUUCGUGGUUGGCGGUCUGCAGAUGAUGGACAACUUUCCUUUUCCACCAGGAAUGCGAGAGGAAAGACUGGGCGCUCUUAGCAAACAGUUAGCGUCUCUUUCACCGAAUGCCCUAAUACACUUCGAAAUGGCGUCGUUUACAGAAGAGGCCCUGCUGCACGGAUUGGUGGGGAAUGUUUUGCCAUAUUCUGACUCCCUCGGCUUGAAUGAACAGGAGCUACCUAAUCUGUACAACAUGCUGCGAUAUGGUAACAUCACCCUCGUGUCGGACUACAACCCUCGCGUCGCUGUGGUUCUUGAUCAGAUGCGUUAUGUAUUCAGACACCUGAGCGGUACAGGCAGCAGCGACAACAGUACUGGGCGACGUCACCUUUCCCGACUGCACCUCCACACCCUCGCAUUUCAAGCUAUUAUGGUGCGCAAAGGAAGCAAAUGGACCAACACUCUCGCUGCUGCUACCAAGGCUGCGCUCACUGCUAACAGACAUGUGUGUGGGAACGCUGAGAUAAGCCUAGAGAAAGCCAAAAUGUUAAUGGAUGAUGGAUUCACCCUAUCGGAGGAAGCUGGGGCUGGCAGGGUGAUGUUCGACAACAAGAGACCCGUUGCCUGCUGGUCUGAGGAGGGUGGCACUGUUGAGGUUUGCAUUGCGCCAGUGUUGGUUUGCACAUCUGUCAGGCACACGGCUGGUGGCGGGGACAACAUAUCUGCUGCUGGGCUUAUCCUCCAGGUGUAGUGCAGGUGUGUGUGUGUGUAUGUGUGUUUGUGUGCUUAAGAGAUAGUAUUAAUUGCAAUAAUGAUGAUAGUAUUAGUAAUGGUAAUACUAGUGAGAGAGAGAGAGAGAGAGAGAGAGUACAAAUUCUUCUUUAUAUUUUAAAAGAAUGCAAAAAUUUUUAAUUCUUUAAUAUCUUUGAAAAAAAGGUAUAAUUAUUUUGUUAUUAUAUUUAUUAUUUAUUAUUAUUGAAGUUAUUUUUGUCUUUCUUUUCAUUCUUUUAUUUAUUUUUUUCUUCAAUGUAUGGCUAGGAAAUUUUACUACUACUACUACUACUACUAUUAUUAUUAUUGUUAUUAUUAUUAUCAGUCAUAUCUUUUAAUCUUGUUUAUUUAUAUACAUGCUCACUCCUUAUUUAAUGUUGCCAAGUGGUGUAUUUAGAUAACUUUUAAUUUUAUUCAACUAGAGUGGUACCAAAAUAUUUAGCGGUAAUUAUGGGCGAUUUUGUGCUAACUUUGCUUCUUUUAAUCUUGCGGUAAUUUCUUGUUAUUAUUAUUAUUAUUAUUUAUUAUUAUUAUUCUUAUUUAUCUAUUUAUUUGUUUAUUUAUUUUUUAUCGUGUUUGUGUUUUGGGAUAUUUAGUGCUAAUUAUGCUAACAUUGUUUCUCUUAAUCUUGUGCUAACUUCCUGCUAUUUUUCUAUUAUUUUUUUUCCUUUUCCUUAUUAUUAUUUGUAUUUUAUAUAUAUUUUUUCAUUGUGUUUGUUUAAUGGGGUAUUUUGUGCUAAUUUUGUGCUAUUUUGUGCUAUCUUCCUGUUUUUCUAUUAAUUUUUCUCUUUUUCCUUAUUUAUUUCUGUUAUUUAUUUUUAUUUUUUUAUCAUGUUUGUGUUAUGAUAUAUUUUGUGCUAUUUUGUGCUACCUUCCUGUUUUUUUUCAAUUAAUUUUCCCUUUUUCCUUAUUUAUUUAUAUUUUUCUUAUUAUUUUUCAUCUUUGUUCAUGUGUUUCAGGAUAUUUUGGGCUGAGUCGUUGGUUCUUAUAAAAUAUUCUUCCGCUAUGUGAUAUUUUGCGCUUACUUUAGCCAUAUCUUGCUAAUCUGCUUCGUGGUUUGUGCUAACUUUACAAAUCUUACGCUAAUCUUAUUUUAUGCUAAUUACGAUUUUAUUUUGUGCUAAUCUUGUUUCUCUUUUAAUCUUGUGUCUUCUUCUUCAUCAUCAUCAUCAUCUUCUUGUUCUUGUUCUUCUUGUUCUUAUUCUUCUUGUUCUUCUUGUUCUUCUUCUUCCUCUCCUUCUUCUUCUUCUUCUUAUUAUUAUUAUUAUUCCUGACUUCUUCUUCUUCUUCUUCUUCUUCUUCUUCUUCUUCUUCUUCUUCUUCUUCUUCUUCUUCUUCUUCUUCUUCUUCUUCUUCUUCUUCUUCUUCUUAUUAUUAUUAUUAUUAUUAUUAUUAUUAUUAUUAUUAUUAUUAUUCCUGAUUGCUUGUACUUAAUGUGCCAUAUAUUUUUUCCCGUUUUCUUUCAUUUUCUUUCCAUAAAUAACAAAAAAUGAGAAAAAAACAUAAUUUAUACGUAAAUUUCAACCGUACUUCGUUUUUCUUUACCACAGUCGUGUGUGUGUGUGUGUGUGUGUGUGUGUGUGUGUGUGUGUGUGUGUGUGUGUGUGUGUGUGUGUCAUUAUUCCCCGGUGUUGUGUUGUCUUUCUUGUUUUCUUUUUUUCUUUUUUUUUUGCUAUUUUUGUUGAUAUUUUUCUUUAUUUUCCUUGUUUUCUUGAUUUUCUUAAUUUUUCUUAUUUUUUUCUGAUUUUUAUUUAUUUUUAUUUAUUUUAUUUUUUACCUAAAUUUAUGUAUUUCAAUUUAUUUAUUUUCGUUUUUUCUUUAAUUUUUUUCUUAAUUUUUCUUUUUUUUGUCUCAUAAAUACAUUAACAAUUUUAUUUCCUUAAUUUUUAUAUUUAUUUUCAUUUAUAUGUGUCAUUUCAAGCCUUUUAUUUAUUUAUUCAUUUAUUUAUUCAUUCAUUUAUUUAUAUACAUUCUUUUAAGCACAUUCUUUAAGUAUACAUCAACAUUCCUAAGCUCUUGUUAUGAUGAAAUUUAAGUAUAUAUAUUUUUUUUAUUUACUAUGACAAAUCGAAUACUUUUUUUUAGCGGUUUCUAUUUCGGCAAGUAAUGUUUAGCGAACGAAAAAUUUCUCUAAGCAAACAUUCCCAAACUUUCUAUACAUAGCUUUUAUUUCAUUUAUCUAUGCCGGCAUUCAUAAACUUACAAAUUCAAGUUUUAUUCUAUUUUCAUCUAGCUUCCAACACUUUUUCGUUUUCAAAUCACUUAUAUUUUUUAAACUAGAAGAUUUUAGGCACGUAUUGUAUAAGAGAAUGAAAGAAUAUUUGUUUUAACUCGGUGAAAUUUCAUAACAAUCUUCUGUUUAUCCUCAUGUCACCAGCCAUACAGCAAGAAGCCAUAUUUUUGAGGCUUAAACAUAGAAUCCAUUGUUGUUUAGUUGUUAAAAUAAUUCAGCGUUGAUUUUUACGUUGCUUCUGAUGAGUGAGGCAUGAAAAGUGUUGAUUUAGCCAGUAACUUUCAACAAAACACUCAUUUUAAACUCUACAGGGACACGAAAAGCCAUAUUUUGGGGCAUAAACGUAGAAUUUGCUUUAGUUUAGCUAUUAGAAGCAUUUAAAAUCGUUCCUCUUGUUUUUUUUUACGAGUGAGGCAUGAAAAGUAUUGAUUUAGUCAGUAUCUUUCAACAAAACACUCAUUUUAAACUCUACAGGGACACGAAAAGCCAUAUUUUGGGGCAUAAACGUAGAAUUUGCUUUAGUUUAGCUAUUAGAAGCAUUUAAAACCGUUUCUCUGUUGUUUUUUAUGAAUGAGGGAUGAAAAGUAUUGAUUUAGACAGUAACUUUCAACAAAACACUCAUUUUAAACUCUACAGGGGCAAGAAAAGCCAUAUUUUGGGGCAUAAACGUAGAAUUUGCUUUAGUUUAAUUAUUAGAAGCACCAAAAACCGUUUCUCUGUUAUUUUUUACGAGUGAGGCAUGAAAAGUGUUGAUUUAGCCUGUAACUUUAACAAAACACUCAUUUUAAACUCUACAGGGACAAGAAAAGCCAUAUUUUGGGGCAUAAACGUAGAAUUUGCUUUAGUUUAGCUAUUAGAAACAUUUAAAAUCGUUCCUCUUGUUUUUUUUUUACGAAUGAGGCAUGAAAAGUGUUGAUUAAGCCAGUAACUUUUAACAAAACACUCAUUUUAAACUCUACAGGGACAAGAAAAGCCAUAUUUUGGGGCAUAAACGUAGAAUUUGCUUUAGUUUAGCUAUUAGAAGCAUUUAAAAUCGUUCCUCUUGUUUUUUUUUAUGAGUGAGGCAUGAAAAGUAUUGAUUUAGUCAGUAACUUUCAACAAAACACUCAUUUUAAACUCUACAGGGACAAGAAAAGCCAUAUUUUGGGGCAUAAACGUAGAAUUUGCUUUAGUUUAGCUAUUAGAAGCAUUUAAAAUCGUUCCUCUUGUUUUUUUUUUAUGAGUGAGGCAUGAAAAGUAUUGAUUUAGCCUGUAACUUUAACAAAACACUCAUUUUAAACUCUACAG